UGUGAGCUACGUGUCCGAGCAAUGAUGUAUACGUCACUACGUCGGUCAGUGCUUCUUUACGCCUGCGCGUACUAGCCGUAACAGUAAAAAGUAACAAGUGUGUGUCAUUUUUUCCAUUCAAGCAUUUGAAUCUCGUUUUCGGCUAUGCUCCGACCAGCGUGAGUCGAUUAUAAUACGGUUACGUUUUAACAUUGUCGAAUUGCAAAGGAAACCAUGGCCAAGUCGAAGGCAGUGCCGCAUAACCUCAUUCAAUGGGACCAGAGCGACGAUCCCUUGGCUCCGUUGACAGACUGUCAAAAGGACUGUCUGACAAGCCUGGAAAUCGCCGUUACCUCGUGCUUCCCGUCAUCGAGCACGCAGACUGACGUGUUGGACGACGAGAGUAUGCGAGAGCAGGAUUCCCAGGAGGACUGCCUUCCGAUAGAGGGGUAUCAGGAAUUACUCCAACGCUAUUUGUCUCUAGAGAGGAGAUACGUGUCCAUGUAUGACGUGAAGUACAAUUUAUACCUCGACGAGCUCAAGUCGAGGAGGUCUGAAUGCCAGGAGGUUUGCUCCGAGAUAGAGCAGGCGUUGAACGACUUCUCUGCGCUCUAUAAGCAGUACACCGAGGUCUCCGGCAAGACCACUUCUCUGUACGAGGCCAGCGAGCAACUCAUCUCCGACCAGAAGCAGCUGAACGCGACGAUUGACAGCAUUAUGGAGUACGUUAGGUACUUCAAAGAGAUUGGCGUGAUCACGGAGAAGUUGGACGCGCCUACUUUGUCAGUGAACAGCGAGAUGUUCUUCAGCGUACUGGAUAAAAUUGAUACAAACAUAGACUUCAUGCAGAACAACGCGUCGUACAACGAGAGCGGCGUUUACCUGGUACGUUACAGGCACUGCCAGUCCAAGGCGAUCGCGCUCAUACAAAAUUACAUCUUCAACUUGUUCUCCAAGACCACGGAAAGUAUCUUAAAUCUGAAGGGCAACGAGAGCUCCUCAGAUAGCACGGAUGCGGCCCUUGCUCUGUUUUAUGGCAGAUUCCAAACAAUUUUGUCAAAGGCGAAGCCGGUUAUCGAGCAGAUCGAGAGCAAAUCGUACAGGAGGCAGGAAUAUGACAGUCUGCUGCUCGAGUGCCACCAGUAUUAUUGGAGCCAACGGGGCUUGGUACUAGGUACAAGCAUACAGAAGUCCCUGAACUCCGUAAGGGAAAAAUACAACGGCGAUCACUGCAGUUUAGUGCGGCACUCCUGUGCGCUGCUCCUGCACGCGUCGAUAGACGAGCAUAAGCUGUUCUAUGAAUUCUUCUCGAAGCAAUCGAGCGGACUGACCGCGUAUUUGGAGAGCCUGUGCACCUCGCUGUACGAUGCACUAAGGCCCUUCAUCAUACACAUCAAUCAUCUCGAGACGUUAGCUGAGAUCUGUUGCAUCCUACGGAUAGAAAUGCUGGACGAGCACGUGCAGAAUAACUUCGAGCCACUGGGUGGCUUUGGCAAUAUAUGCUUGCAAUUGCUGCACGACGUUCAGGAGAGAUUGGUGUUCCGUGCGCACUUGUAUCUGCAAUCCGACGUGUUGAACUACAAUCCUUCGUCUGGCGACUUGGCGUACCCGGAGAAAUUGAAGAUGAUGGAGGACAUAGCGGAAUCCAUCAGGGAAGAGACCCGCCAGACUCGCAUGAAGAAGAUCUCGGUGUCGUCCUCCGACAGCUCCGUUCUGGAGCCGGUCUCUCGCAAUCACAUAGUCAUGGAUUCCAUUUAUCAGAAGACGCACAUGGGCAGUUCUCCAGCAGAUUUGCACGCUAUGUGGUAUCCCACGGUGCGUAGGACUCUGGUGUGUCUAUCGAGGCUUUAUCGUUGCGUGGACAGAUCUGUGUUCCAGUCAUUGAGCCAGGAAGCCAUUUCCCUCUGCGUUCAGAGCAUCGAGAAUGCCAGACAGGAGAUCGAGAAGAGAGCGAGCACCCUGGAUGCAGAGUUGUUCCAGAUAAAGCACCUGUUAAUCCUCAGAGAGCAGAUCGCUCCGUUCCAGGUCGACUUCACUAUCAAAGAGUACAGCCUGGACUUUUCCAAAGUGAAGACUGCCGCGUUCGGCUUGCUCGAGAAGAGCUCCAGGCUCUUUACCCUGUCAAACAAUGCACUGUUGCAGUUUCUCCUGGAAGGUGCGCCGCAGAUGAAAGAACAGCUUAUUGAUUCGAGAAAGCAAGUGGACGCAAAGUUGAAGUUUGCGUGCCAGCGACUGAUACAACACGCGACUUAUCUACUGAUUCAUCCUAUUAUCAAGUUGCUGGAGAAGGAACAGUUGCGCGAUGCGAGCUCGGGCCAGGAAAACGCUCUUGGUAGUGCGCAGGAAGUGGCGGUCACGGUGGCUGAUGUGUUGAGGAUAAUCAAGUUCAAGUGUCCUGAAAUACAACAGUCGAUGCAGUUAUAUCUGGCCAACAAGGAAACCGAGUUUAUUCUGUUCAAACCGGUGAAGAAUAACAUUUGCGCCACGUUCACGCAGUUGCAUCAAGUAUUGAAUAAGUAUUAUAACACGGAGGAUCUCCUAUUGAUCGCGUGCCCCUUGCCGGAACAGAUAUCUGUUAUGUUGAGUUCGACGACGUUAGUCCAGGGAAAAUCCAAUCGAGAAUCGCAAGCGACCCUGAAACGAUCGCAAUCGAUUACCAAACAGGAAGUAUAAAUCACAUUUCCAGAAUUUAUUACAUUUCUUGAAAUUUCCGCAGAAUAAAAUUUAAAAAAGAUUAUUUUCCUAAAAUUAUAAGAAUAUCCUUUUUGUAAAAUAAAUUUUGUUUUGUUUGAUUAAUAUAUAUAUAUGUAUUGUCCAAUCGAUUUUUAUAAUUUGUGUACUUUGCCAUGUACAAAUAUAGUUAAGUAUCUGUGGGAAGUUCUUGCGAUAAACGUACAUAUUUAUAGAUUUUUAAUUCAUAAGGAUACAUUAAUAUUAUAAUAGUUUUUAAAAUUGUAUAUAAUAUUGUAACAAGUGUAUAAAGCAUUUAUAAUGACAAAUUUGUAGAAAUAUAUAUAUAUAAUUACAAUUUCUAUUGUAAAAAAUACUAUUAAAUAUUAACUAUUAAAAUAUUAGAAUUGGAGAUUCGCUGUACAAUUGUCGAUACAUACUGAAUAAUAUAUAAUAGAAACG